GCUAACCAAAGGAUCAAAAGAGAGUAUAAAGAGAGAGGCAGGCAUUGCAUAAUUGAUCCAUUUUAGUUUCAGCUCUUGUACCUGCCCCAGGUGGCAAAGAGCCAACAUCGAGGUGUUAAACCUUUCCUGAGCUCGCUCUUGGAGACGGAGUUACUCCAUUUUCAGUCGAUCAUUUCAUUGAAUACUAUAGCUUAACGAAACAAUGACAGAAGGUAGUGACAGAUUUCGGGUCAGCAGUGCACGUAUGAGUGCAAGAUUAAGUAGUUCGAACAUAUGGAGAAACAGUGGGAGGGAGAUUUUUUCGAGAUCAUCAAUAGAGGCAGAUGACGAAGAAGCAUUGAAAUGGGCUGCUCUAGAGAAACUCCCGACAUAUCUUCGUGUAAGGAGAGGUAUACUUGCAGAAGAAGAGGGACAAUCAAGAGAAAUUGAUAUAACAAAUCUUGGACUAGUAGAGAGAAAAAAUCUUGUGGAGAGGCUAUUGAAAAUCGUAGAGGAAGACAAUGAGAAGUUCUUGUUACAACUGAAGAAACGCAUUGACAGAGUUGGUCUUAAUCUUCCAACUAUAGAAGUUCGGUUCGAGCAUUUAAAUGUUGAUGCAGAAGCUUACGUUGGCAGCAGAGCUCUGCCUACAAUAUUCAACUUCACUGUCAAUAUCUUGGAGGGUUUUUUUAGUUAUCUUCAUAUUCUUACAAGUCCGAAGAAACCGUUGCCAAUUCUUCAUGAUGUCAGUGGAAUCAUCAAGCCUGGAAGAAUGACAUUGCUAUUAGGACCACCAACUUCUGGCAAAACUACAUUGCUGUUAGCAUUGGCAGGGAAACUUGACACACAAUUAAAAGCAUCAGGAAGAGUAACAUACAAUGGCCAUGAAAUGCACGAGUUCGUACCACAAAGAGCGUCUGCUUAUAUAAGUCAGCAUGACAUGCACAUUGGAGAAUUGACAGUUAGGGAAACAUUAGCAUUUUCAGCAAGAUGUCAAGGAGUUGGAGAUCGUUAUGAUAUGUUGACAGAAUUAUCAAGAAGAGAGAAGGAGGCAAACAUUAAGCCGGAUCCUGAUAUAGAUAUUUACAUGAAGGCAGCAUCAAUUGAAGGGCAGGAGGAAAGUGUCGUAACAGAGUACAUUAUCAAGAUCCUGGGGCUUGAAGUUUGUGCUGAUACCUUCGUGGGAGAUGAAAUGGUUCGCGGAAUUUCAGGAGGACAGCGAAAGAGACUGACAACAGGGGAAAUGAUGGUUGGACCGGCGAGAGCACUUUUCAUGGAUGAGAUAUCGACUGGUUUGGACAGUUCAACGACUUAUCAGAUAGUAAAUUCAAUAAGGCAGUCUAUCCACAUUCUUCAAGGAACUGCUAUAAUCUCGCUCCUGCAGCCUGCACCGGAAACAUACGACUUAUUCGAUGACAUAGUUCUUUUAUCAGACGGACAAAUUGUGUAUCAGGGUCCCCGCGAAAGUGUAUUAGAAUUUUUCGAACAUCUGGGAUUCAGAUGCCCCGAGAGAAAAGGAGUAGCAGAUUUUCUUCAAGAAGUGACAUCGAGGAAAGAUCAAGGGCAGUAUUGGGCACGGAGAGAUGAUCCUUAUUCUUAUGUUUCUGCAAAAGAAUUUUCUGAAGCAUUUCAGUCAUUCCAUGUUGGACGGAAACUUGGCGAUGAACUUUCCAUUCCUUUCCACAAGGAAAAGAGUCACCCGGCGGCCCUAACAACAAAAAAAUACGGAGUUAACAAGAAGGAACUUUUACGAGCGUGCAUAUCCAGAGAGUACCUUCUCAUGAAGAGGAAUUCAUUUGUCUACAUAUUCAAGAUGGUACAACUUACCCUUAUGGCUAGCAUAUCCAUGACAGUAUUUCUACGCAUCAAGAUGCCCAAGAAUACAGAAACAGAUGGUGCAAUUUUCAUGGGUGCUCUCUUUUAUGCCGUUGUUAUGAUUAUGUUUAAUGGAUUUUCAGAGCUUGCCCUCAGUAUUAUGAAACUUCCAGUCUUUUACAAGCAAAGGGACCUUCUCUUUUUUCCUCCAUGGGCUUACUCUUUGCCCACGUGGAUCCUGAAAAUUCCAAUCACACUUGUUGAAGUUGCAAUUUGGGUGUUUCUGACUUAUUAUACUUCAGGAUUUGAUUCUGAUGCAGGAAGGUUUUUCAAACAACUACUACUGCUCAUAUGUGUUAACCAGAUGGCAUCUGCACUGUUCCGUUUAAUGGGAGCGUUAGGCAGAAAUAUCAUAGUAGCAAAUACAUUUGGUUCCUGUGCAUUACUCACAGUUCUUGUACUGGGUGGAUUCAUCUUAUCACGAGAUAGUAUAAAAAGUUGGUGGAUAUGGGGUUACUGGAUCUCACCUUUGAUGUAUGCACAGAAUGCUAUAGCAGUGAAUGAAUUUCUUGGAAAAAGUUGGAGCCAUGUUCCUCCAGGCUCAACAGAAUCAGUUGGGGUAUCAGUCUUGAAGUCUCGAGGGAUUUUUCAGGAGGAACGUUGGUACUGGAUUGGCUUAGGAGCUCAGAUUGGAUAUAUAUUCCUGUUCAAUUUCUUAGUGAUCUUGGCUCUAACUUAUCUUAACCCAUUCGGAAAACCCCAAGCAAUUUUAUCGGAAGAAACAGUAGCAGAAAGAAAUGGCAGCAAAAGAGGCGAAACUGUUGAACUAUCAUCCAGAAGGAAGAGCACUUCCGGACGAGAGAUUGAUUCUCGCCACAGUAUAUCAUCAAGGUCUAUGUCGUCAAGAGUUGGCAGCAUUAAUGAAACAGAUCCAAACAGGAAGAGAGGAAUGGUUUUACCCUUUGAACCUCUUUCACUCACUUUUGAUGAUAUCCAUUAUGCAGUGGAUAUGCCAGAGGUCAACUUUUUGUAUCGGCAUCACAUUUGUUUUCUCUUCAGGGGAAAAAGAAUAUCUAAUCCAUACUCUUCAUUUUUAUACAAUUUUACACCUUAUACUUCCAUUUCUGGAGCUAGAUAUAAAUACAUCAAUCAGGAAGAGGAUUAUCUAAUUGCAAAACAACCAUCCAAUUGCAUAACUUAG